AUGUGCUUCAGCAUGCUCCCUCCCAACACUCCUUCAGCAGAUAGCGAGGGCUCUUCUGUCUCUUUUCCUAUGACUUCGCUACCUCCGCAGCAACUGACCCCGCUGCCUGGUACAACUUCACCUGAAGGAUCGAUCCGUAAACGUGUUGUACGCGCUUGCGAGGUCUGCCGUCGUAAAAAGGUCAAGUGCAAUGGUCAGAAACCUUGCAGUCAAUGUAUCGCCUUCGCAGAAGAAUGUAACUAUGUCGAUGUCAGAGAUCGUUCGGCGUAUAGUAGGAGGUACGUCGAGUCACUGGAGGCCAGAAUGGCUGAGCUUGAACGACAAGUUGCCAUUCUAAUAGAAAGAGGGCCUUGCGAUAGCUCCUGUCAUGCAAGGCGCAUCACUGACUCGCACAGGAGAGCAAGCGACCCUGGUACCACAACCACGUUCAGUUCGCAAAGACAGGUGCAAGGGCAACUUGGUUCAACUUGUUCGGAUACUCUUCUAGGCCAAGAAAGGGUACAGGCGCUCUUCGACCUAGAGAGUUCCAUCGAUCUUGUCCCGCUAUCAGCAGCAAGCCUCAUAGAGGAGGCAAAUGCGGCAUUAGGUAUUCAGGACUCGUACAUGUUUUCUUUCAGCAACAGCUCUCAAAAUCUGCAGGCUCAGAUAAGCUCGCCCGAAACUGUCCAAUGUCCACCGCACAUCAAACAUGAAAGCGACAUGCUUCCUGUGUCACCCCAGCUGCCCUCGAAAGACACCUUUUGGGCUUUACUCAACUCGUACUCUCAGCGCACAUUCCAUUUCUUCUCUGUCUGUCCACCUCAAGUGGCGCAGUCAAUCUGGACCAAGGUGACUUCACCUCGACCUCAAACUGUCACACAUUCCGCGUCCGAAUUGGCAUUGCUGUUCGCCAUCAUGGCCUGCGGCGCACACGCCGUCGCCGGCAGUAGUAUACUUCAGGCAACGAAUACAGGCCAUCACACUACUUCAGCAACACACACGAAGCACUUCUUGAAGAACGAAUUUGAAAAGCAUGCUGGCAUGUGGACGCAGAUGAUGGGCGAAGCAGCUCAGCUCGACUAUGCCGAACGCUUGAGGCAGUCUCGGGCAAACUCUCUAUUGUCGUUUUGCGCCGCGGGGCGAGGAGACUUGCGGUCAGCCACGGAUCACAUCGAGAAAGCCAAAGUACUUCUUGAACCUGCGGUCGGGCAGUCAUUCGUGCAUAAUAUGGACCAUUCACGACUCGUCAUGUCGAUAGGGAUGCUGGAUCACAUCAUCCGUUCCGCACUCGGAAGACUGCCUUCUAAGCAGCAAAGCGGCUGCAAUCGCCAGCCGAACGUUCGAGCUUCCUGGCAUGACAGCAGUACUCUGUGCCUUUUGUCUGCUCUGCAGAACCUUUCCGAGCUGUGCAGCGAGUCAGGUAGCGUCGGUCGCACGCUUGAAGUUCUACUCAGUGUCAAAAGCGACGCUGCUUGUAUCCAACAGCUCCGUACUCGUGCUCGGGACCAAGAUCGCGUGCUCCUAGAUUGGUACAACACGCUACCUGUUGGGUUCCGAUCCUCUCCGACUACUGCGACUGAUCCGUCGUCGACGAUGACAGCCUGCAUCACUUCUGUCAUACUGCAGUUCGAGCGUUUGCGCCUGCAACUUGCGCUGCAGCAUUUGAAUCGGCGAACAGGCCGAGGUAAUGGCACAGGCCACGCUGAGCGUCUUGACCUGGAUCGGUGUCUCAACGUUGCACGUGGGGUCAUCCGGACGUUUCCUGCGAUCCAAAAAUACCUGGUUCCGAGCCCUUGGUUGACGCUGUAUGCUAAGAGCGUCGGGAUGUCGGCCGCCUUUCUUGCGCUGACCGCUGCAACGAAGCACCACGGCGAAGCACCUGGUCUAGUGGUCGAGAUCGAAACAGCGCUGGUCGCACUGGAACAAUUGGAGCAAGUGAUGCAGGGAAUCACUUGCACCCGACUGAAGCUGACUUGCUUGGUGAGUGCGAUCAAAGCACGCAGCCAGGAUCCCUCGACAUUAAUGGACCAAAGCAUAGCCGAGGGUUUUGGGAAUCACCAUCGGGAAGAAGGCGGUGCGCGUGGUGUGGGACGCAUCCACAAGAAGCUUCGGUCCGCCACCAUGCCACAAAAUAGCCCUAUGCCCGUCGUCUCACCCAUUUCACGACCCGAGACAGCACCACCUUUGCCGCGCGAACAUCCGCUUGAACCCCAUCCUUCUUUGUCCCUAACGGCGAUGCAGCUCGGACCACAACCAGUUGGCGCAUCUUUACAAUGGUCUGCGCAACCCAACCCUGAAACAGCGAGCAGCACAGUCAGUUGGAACCAUCUCUACCCCGCUCCGAUUGCAGAGCCCAGCGGAGCAACCCAACUCGCUCAAGCUCAUCAACCAGGCGCAAUCAUCUCGUCUCAAUCUCAUGCUCUAUCGCUCGAUCUCAACCAGCAAGAGUUGGCUGGACUUCUCCAAGACUUUAUCCUUCCAGAUCAGCACGUCAGACGACAAGGCGAAUGA